AUGCCUGCACGAGAGGGUGAGAGAUCAAGAGUUCUAAGAGAGAAGACGGAGAGACAGGCGGUAGCAGCAACAGCAACAGCGGCAGCAAUUGUAUCGAUCCCUGCUGUGAUAGACCUCGCCUGUCCAAACUCCGUCGUGUGUGAAGGCACGCCCGGCCAGCCGGCUGACCAGCUGUCGGCUGGACGGCUGGCUAGAGGAAAGACAGCGGCCCGAUGA